CCCUAACCAACCCACUCUUUCUCUCUCUAUCGCUCUAUCUGUCUCACGAUUCUUCUUUGAAUACUGCAAAAGUCUCUUCCACGCGAGAAUCUGGACUCGGGUCGGGUAAGGCGGGGAGGUGAAGUCACAGUGAUGAUGAUAGCGUUUCACCUUCCAAGACCCUUUUCUUGAAUGAAACUCCACUCCAUCAAAAUCUUGGCUUUUGGUAAAGAAAUAGAAAGAAAUAGAAAUUAUUAUUAUUAUUAAAAAGUUUGUGAGGUGAGAAGCGAAGAGAAACAAUCAAAUAUGACCGAAGUGCUUCAGUUGCCUUCAUCUUCAAGCUGUUCGAGUCAUCCAUGUGGUGAUGGGUCUCACCCAAGUGCCCUUAUUAACAGUACCACAGUGGAAGAAGGGGUGGUGCAACAAUCCCAUUUGGAUUUGGUCACAGAGACACAGGAAAUUGAAGAAGAAGAAGAAGAGAAAGAAAAGGACAGAGAGGGAGAUCAGCUUUCCAUUUUGACACUUUUGAUUGCUACUUUUAGGAGAUCUUUGAUUGGUUGCAGUACAAAUACCACAACUUGUGACCUCUCUUCUUCAUCCAUGGAGAUUGGUUGGCCUUCCAAUGUGAGACAUGUUGCUCAUGUUACCUUUGAUCGCUUCCAUGGUUUUCUUGGCUUGCCUGUUGAAUUUGAACCUGAAGUCCCAAGGAGGCCUCCCAGUGCAAGCGCAAAUGUUUUUGGGGUUUCAACAGAAUCUAUGCAGCUUUCUUUUGAUGCCAGAGGAAAUAGUGUACCUACAAUUCUGCUGUUAAUGCAGAGACAUUUGUAUGCACAAGGAGGCCUGCAGGCUGAAGGAAUCUUCAGAAUCAAUGCUGAAAAUAGUCAAGAGGAGUUUGUGAGAGAACAAUUAAACAGAGGAGUAGUACCUGAUGGCAUUGAGGUGCACUGCUUGGCAGGUCUUAUAAAGGCUUGGUUCAGAGAACUUCCUACUGGGAUAUUGGACCCUCUUUCGCCGGAGCAGGUGAUGCAGUCCCAGUCAGAAGAAGAAUGUGCUCAGCUUGUGAGGCUUCUUCCUCCAACAGAAGCUGCUCUGCUAGAUUGGGCAAUAAACCUCAUGGCGGAUGUUGCUCAAAUGGAACAUUUCAACAAGAUGAAUGCACGUAAUGUUGCAAUGGUUUUUGCACCAAACAUGACUCAAAUGGCAGAUCCUUUGACUGCUUUGAUGUAUGCUGUACAAGUCAUGAAUUUUCUCAAGACUCUUGUGGUGAAGACACUGAGAGAAAGAGAGGAGUCUAUGGUAAAAUCAAAUCCUGUGUCAAACCUAAAUUCGUUUGAUGAUGAUGGGCACCAGAGCGAUUCACAAGUGCUUCUCAAGGAUGGAAGUGAAAAUGGAAAUGAUAGUGGUGAUGAGGAUACAGUAUUUGUCACUGCAGAACCUUCUCAACAAAGCCCUAGUCAUCUUAACGAAGCCAGCUGUGAAAGUGAAAAUGGAUCCAAAAGUUUGCCAACUUGUACUGAAAAUUUUAUUUCUAGUAGAAGUAGGUUGCUAGUUGACAGUUGUCCUUGCAGUGUUGUCUCUCAAAUUUGCUCUUUGACAAUUGGACUUCAACACUGUAGCCUUCCUACUGUUCAGAGGAAUGGGGAUCAAGCAAAAUUUGGCAAGAGCAAAAGCCUUCAAUUGAGUGCUUCUGAUACUGACAAGUGUUCCAAAGUGGUGAUUGAUCUUCCUGCAGAGAAGAAUAGGGGAACUGCAAUUAUUGGGCGUAUAAAUUCAAGAACAGAGUUGGCUGAAGCUUGGCGUUGAAAGGCAUCUGAUUUUUUUGAUGAUUGAAGAAAACUGGUACUCCCAUAAUGUUUUUGCUAUUGUGAUUUCAGUAACUAUGGAUCCCUUGUGAGUUGCAUAAUGGCUGAUGUCAUAAUUGAUGUUGUGGGAGCACUCACAUAAGCUCCUUCUGUGAAUGGAAUGGAGUGGAAUGGAUGGGAUAACAGGGUGUAAAGAAGACUGUGUGUGUGUUUCCACGUUUGGAAAUGUUUAUUACUGGUUUUGCUACGUUGGUGCGUGUUUUUCUGUUAUUGUUUGUUGUUUCUGGGUGAGUUUCUUAACCGUGUUUCUUCAUUCUAUUUCCUCAACC